AUUGUUGUCCACCAAAGCCGUUAGAUGGACAGUUGACCCCGUGAAAAACACCAAAUAAUAACAAUAGUACAAGAAUCUGUCAAAUUUUUUAACAACAAACAAAUUCCAUGAGUUAUGUGUCUUUUAUGUAGACAGGUAACCGAAUGGAAUUAUAUUGUUUAUUGAAAAUUUGACUUGAAAAAUGUGAAAAAAAGUGAGAGACAUAGCGAGCAAGGAUAACAAGACAAAUGUCAUUAUUUUCUCAUUGUAUCAUCUGUUAAAAAUCAAUUGUCCAUAAUUUUCAUGACAUACCUAAAUAUAUAAAUAUAUAUUAAUUUUUGACUGCUCUCUCCUUACCAUAUUUACUGAAUAUUGAUGAUUGAAUACAAAAUGUCAAAAUUACAAAUAAGAAAUUGUUUUAUUAAAUUAAUACGAAAAUCAAGUUGAUAAAUAAAUAAAUAAAUAAAUACAAGAUAAUAUAGGUAUAUAUAUAUAUUGAUAAAACAUGUGCAAAUGUUACGUAGUACAAUUAGAUGGAUGACAGGUUAUACAAAUAUGGAUCAACAAAAUAAUAAUACAACAACAACAACAAACACUAAUAUUACAACUGAUAUUGGUGAUGUUAAAAAUAAUGUACCAAUUACACCUGAUGCAGUUGAGGUUGAUAAUUCUCAUACAAUAUUAUUAAAAAUUGCAACAUUAUAUGCUGAAAAAUUAAUAAAUGACAUUUGUCUUGUUGUUGAUGGUGUUGAAUAUCCAGCUCAUCGUUUAAUAUUAUGUGCAUCAAGUGAUGUUUUUCAGGUAAUGUUAAUGAGUCCACAAUGGUCAGAAUCACAUGAAAGUCGUGUGACAUUACAAGAAACACCACAAUGUGUUCCAUUAUUUAGUGAAUUUCUUCGUUAUUUUUAUACUGGACAAAUAAGAAUAAGUUAUGAAGUUGUUCUGCCAAUUUUAUCACUUGCUGAUAAAUAUAAUGUCAAAGAUUUAAUAACAUUAUGUUUAGAAUAUAUGAAUAAUCAUAUUGCUGUUGCUGCAAUAAAUGGUACACUUGUAUCAUGGCUUGAAUAUGUAUCAAAUUGUGGUCAUCAAUUAAUAACAAAAACAUGUCAAAAUUUUAUUAAAUGGAAUAUUGAGCUAGUUGCUAAAACACCAGAUUUCGGUAAUUUUGAUAUUAAUAUUUUAAUUAUGUUGCUACAUAAAAGUAGUUUAAUUAUAAAAGAUGAAUUAACCCUAUACAAAUGUAUUGAACUGUGGAUAAACUAUCAAGAAUCAAAUUUAAAAAAACAUAAUAUAACAACAGAUGAAUAUGAAAAGACAAUAAAACAAAUUGUUAUUGCUGUUAUGACACCAAUUAGAUUUCCAAUGAUGUCACCACGUCAAUUAGCUGAAUUGCUAUUAUCACCAUUAACUAAAAAAUAUAAAGAGUUUUUUGUUGAAAGAAUGGCUAUUGGUAUGUCAUUUCAUUCUGGUCACAAUGAACGUAUACGUGAAAUAAUAAAUAAUGAGGAUGAUGGAUAUUUAUUAUUUGAACCAAGAUUAUAUACUGUUGAUACAUGUUGUUCACUAUUAACUAUUGAAAAUUUUCGUAAUUUACCAUCAUAUCAUACACGUACACUUGUAUUUUCAAGUCAAUCGUAUCUUGCUGAAUAUUGUGGUGAACGUACAUGUGAAUGGGUUGUUGAUUUAUAUCCAAAAGGUGUAUGGUUUAAAAAAUUUUUUUUAAUUGUAUGGCAAGGUACUGUUGAAAUGCCUGAACAUGUUAUUAAAUCAGUUAGAUUAUCAAUGACAUGUAAAGAACCACCAGAUACAACAGACACUGAUAUGAGAGUUAAAAUUGGUGUAUUAAUAUAUGCAUUACAAGAUGGUGUUGAACAUAUUGCUCGUGUUACUCAAGUUGUACACAGAUUUAAUAAAAAUGAACGUGUAUUAAAUUUAGAUAAUUUAUUACCAUUUGAAGAGUUGAAUCCACCAGUUAAUAUAACAAAUACUAGCAACAACAACAACAACAAAGAUAGCAGCAACUCAUCAGCAUUUCUUGUUGGACCAAAUAAAGAUAUGCUUAAACUACAUAUUGUCAUUUCACCAGCUAAUUAAUAAAUAUAUAUCUUGAUAUUUUAUUAUUUUAUUUUUUUUUUUUUUUCUUUAUAUAUUCUAUAGUAAUAAUAAUUAUUAUAAAAGUUGAUAAGUAAAUAUAUAUGUAUAAUGGAAAAAUUUAAUUUACAUAAUUGGAAUUAUUUUAAAUAAUAAUAAUAUGAAAAAAUAUGACAUGUUUAAAAGACUAUUUUGUCAAAUAAAUAAAAAGUAAAUUUAUCAAAAUAAUCAAA